AUGAACUUGGACAUUAUGAGUGCCAAUACGCUUGCUCCGACUAGAAAUUUUGUGGCUUCCGAGGAAGACCAACGCUUACACAAUGUUGGAGUUGCGGCUCUCGCCGCUGUCGCGCAGUAUCCCGGCGCCGUCAAUGAGGAGAGCGGCUCCUUGCUGACGAACGAGGUGGUCCAUGCCAUGACCGGCGGCGCGUUGCGGACUUUUCAGGAUGAUAGCCCCCAGUUUCCAAAUUCGAGGUGGAUGGACUAUGCGGCUUCUUUCGUCCGAGAGAGUGUGCCUGCCGAGCCAGUGAUCUUCUCGCCUGGACCGCAUAUUGUUAGCGAAGCUAGUGACUUGAAUAUGGCCAUCUCCGUGCAGCAACUGAUUGAGCGCGCCGCUCCUUCGCAUGAUAUCGCGACCGCCGUGAGCGAUUGUUAUAGUGAAGAUGACGACAUGUCAAGAGAUAAUGCCCUCGAUUUUGAACAUGUCUUUGAAGGGGACCACAAAUCGCCAUUGACCGAUCCAGAUGACGACCUGGAAAAUCUGAUUCAAUUUUACCCGGACGAGGAAGAAUUCUAUCAUUGGCGACAUACAACAUACACUCGCGCUGGUUCUCCUGGGAUGAAUGAGGUCAACCUUGACGAGUUUUACGCCACUGUCAACUACAGUGCGACAAACCCGAGCUUGCCGCAAACGCCUGCGAACCCGGGACCGGGCCCAUUUCCUCCAAGCGAAGACCAGCCUGAAGUGCAUCCUGAGACUAUCGUUCACACAGCUACUUACGAACGAAAUUUGACCGUCGACGAGUUUAUUCAACGCUGGAUGAUCCAAACCAAUCUCAUAUACGAUGGGUUCCACGCCGAAAGCAGACCUCCUGCACAGAUACGCCCACUCGCCAAGAUGAUGGGUUGGAAACCCGCAUUGGAUAUCGAACGACCGUCUAACCUUAAGCGCGAUUUCUAUGAUCUCCAACAAAUUCCGUGGAGAGAGAUUCUCAAAGUGAAGCGUUCGACCGCUCGUCACCUUCGUGAUACUUGGUACACCUCAUAUCACAAUCUCGAUUACACGCGCAUGGGGGGCGCGGAGCGGCUUCCUGCAGAUGAAACUUACUUCCGCGAGAAAGCAAUGCACACUGCGCACACAGCAUCUAUUGAGCAUUUCCAGCUCCGCAAUUUGAUGUCGGUGCCCUCUUACAAUACUGUCCAUUUCGCCAGUCGAUCCAAGGUCCAGGCGUGGACUCCGCAAAUUGACGAAUUGCGCUGUCUCAUUGACCUUUCCCGGCCAUGCCCAGAAUCAGGAUUUCUCAACGCGGUCAAGAUAUCCAGCAUGAAGUCAGCGUACGGCCUCACCAUGGCAGGCGGGUUUUGUGGCGAGUACGCAUUACGCUCCUCCAACGCAGAAGGCUCUGGCGCCAAAGGCCUCGUUACGCCCGACUUCAACGACGGCAUUACCAACCACGUCGAUAUUAUCCCUAGCCGCACCGGCCCCUCUCCCAUUUGCGUCUUCGCCUCCAAUGACAGACAUCUCCGCGUCCUUGACUGUGAAACCAACAUUUUCCUCUCCGACCAAGAACUUUCCCGCCCGAUCAACUGUACCGCCACAUCCCCAGAUAGUCGCCUUCGCGUUGUGAUCGGUGACUCCCCAGAAGCAUGGGUCAUUGAAGCCGACACAGGCCGGCCUGUGCACCCACUCCGCGGCCACCGCGAUUUCGGUUUCGCUUGCGCUUGGUCGCCCGACAUGCGCCACAUCGCCACAAGCAACCAAGACAAAACGCUCAUCAUCUGGGACGCACGUACCUGGAAACCUCUGGAAACCAUUGACUCCGAUGUUGCCGGCUAUCGCUCCCUCCGCUUUUCCCCGGUUGGCGGUGGCCCCCGCACUCUCCUUUGCUGCGAACCCGCGGACCGUAUCUCCAUCGUCGACGCCCAGCUCUUCCAAAGUCGCCAAGUCCACGAUUUCUUCGGCGAGAUCGGCGGUGCUGAUUAUGCGCCCGAUGGCGGGUGCGUCUGGGUUGCGAACACCGAUCCCCAUUUUGGCGGGUUCAUGCAGUAUGAGCGCUGCCAAUGGGGCAGCUCAUUCGGGUUAACUGAUCUACCAAAUGAGUGGUUGCGCGAGAAUGAGUUGGAUGGAGAUGACAGGUGUGUCUUGAGUGAAAGGGAGCGUCGCUUGAGAUUCUUGCGCAAUUUGUCGGAUGAGCAGCACGAUGCGUUCAUUCUUUAG